UCGAAAGCCCCUAUGGACGGAUAUAAACAUUGAAACAGUUUUCGUACCUUCACUGUCGCUAUUUUCUUUUCCCACGUCUCGUUUUUCCAAUAUUUCCCUCGCUUCACUGAGGUGAAGCCUUGAUGUGUCGAGGACUGUUUUAUUCUUUUAAUAUUCAAGUCGUCUGAGGUGCUCGUUGAAGCUUCGCGGUCUACUCUAGCCUAGCCUCAUCUAGUGGCUAAGGAGAACAAGGCAUCAAGUGUGGAAAAUGGACGCAAAAACAACACCGUUCUUUGAGGAAUUUUGUGGCGCAGAAGUUGUGCUUCACAGACUAGAAGACAGCAGCCAAGCAAAUCAUUUUGAGCACCAGGAGUCGAUUCGCAUCAAAAAGGAGGAGGAAGAUUCGCCAUACAUUAAGAUGGAAGAAGAAGAGUUCGUAAACAUUAAAGAGGAAGAGUUCGUAUACACAAACAAGGAGCAGGAGGAGCAUUCUAUCACAGUUAGGAACUCUCUCAUUGAGGAGCAGUACCAACAUUCCCCUUUCAAAGACCCUGUUCAAGAGAAAGAGGCAAACAUCACCAAGCUGACGUGUAAGUGGCAGGAACCUAAGUCUCCUGGCAUUGAAGAAGUGGUGCUCUACCAAAUCAAACAGGAGGAACCUGAGUCCAUUCAACAGCAAAGGAUAGAAGAGCAACUUCCAAUCAAAAAGGAAGAGGAGGAGAUGCCAUACAUUAAUGGAGGUCCGAGUGAGCUCAGCAGAGAGCCGGAGCCUCCGAGCAGCAGUUGCCCUUCAACGGGAUCGCUAGCAGACAACCUCAUCGCUCCGCUAUCAGAAGCUGCAAAAAAACCCAAGAGACGAAGGGUUUUGUCUGAGGAGACCAAAAAGAGAAAAAGGGAAGCUACCCGGAUAAAAGGACAUUCAAGGAUCAACAUUGGUCCAGUUUUCACUCGCUGGCGCGAGCUCAAGGACGAAGAGGGAUUUCCAUCCGACGCUGCCUUGGCUCUUUUCAUGCUGGACUACUAUCAAAACAGGCAAGCUUCAACGCCCCACAAGCAACACCUUCAGCCAGCUUCCAGCUUUACAGUAGAGUCAAACCACAUUAGGGAAGAACCAAUAGAGGGUGUCCAAAUCCUGGAAAACGGCAGUGAGACGAAACAAGUUGAUGUAUGAGAUGCCAGGUAUCAAGCCUGUAAGGAGGAUUUGAAGGAGCUGAUCCCUCCAAUUGUGGUCCAGUGCUUGUGUUUCUACGUUCGUGCAGAUCCUGAAUUUUCUGCUAGAUCUCGGGGUUCAAGUCUUCUGGUGUCCUACUUCUUCCCCUCCCCCUGACUCUGCCAGCACUUGUGCAUUGGCGCCAUCAGGGGUUGGCAAAACCACUUGCCAGUAUAACGAUACAUUGUAAAAGCAUCACUGAUGCAUUUAACUCCCUGUUAGGAAGUUCUUUGUUAUAGUUUUUUAAUUCAAGAACAAUUAUUUUGUCAUACAUUAACAUUGUUUUGGGAAAUAUUCAGUUAAAAUAUGACUGUUUCUGUACUUGCUUUUAUAUCUCAUAUCUUUUUGUAUAUGACAGCACAUGCCAGUAAUUGUUUUGUAUGCAUACACUGUUGGCCAAAAAUAUUGGCACCACAGCUAUUCUGUCAGAUAAUGCUCAAUUUCUCCAAGAAUAUGAUUUCAAUUACAAAUGCUUUGCUAGUAAUAUCUCAUUUUUUUGCUUGCAAUGGAAAAAAAACAUUAAAAAUUAAAUCAUUAUUAUUUUACACAAAAUGGGCCAGACAAAAGUAUGGGCACCCUUUAAAAAAUCGUGGUGCUUCUCUAAUUUGUGUAAUUAACAGGACUAGUUACUUACCUGUGGCACAUAACAGGUGGUGGCAGUAACUAAAUUACACUUCCAGCCAGUUGAAGUGGAUUAAAGUUGACUCAACCUCUGUCCUGUGUCCUUGUGUGUACCACGUUGAGCAUGGAGAAAAUAAAAGACCAAAGAACUGUCUGAGGACUUGAGAAGCAAAAUUCUAAGUGUUUUAUGUUAUGUAACAUUUCAAUCUAAAAAAUGUCUAGGGCCAGAUACCCGGCAAGAUGUGCUCUCCGUGCUGAGGCAAUAGUAACAUGGGAAUUCAACCUAAAUAAGUUGUGAUUGUAUGUAGAAAA